GUGAAACAGUCUGUCAUAAAUAUGGAUAACUUCCCUACUGUUAGAUACCCAACAAAAGCCAGGAGUGAUGAUGGCAGCCAUAGUAACAGGUCUCAUCCCCAUCCAGCAGACGGCGGUGGAUGCCACCAUCAUCUACAAGUGCCGCUCCCUGUGGUUCGGCCUCCUGUGCAUCCGCCUGGUGAUGCUCUUCCUGGCUGAGCUGCCAUUUACAAAACUGGACGCUGACAUUGCCUGCGACGGCACCCGCAGGGUCAGCAUCUGCACCCGAGCCUGUUUUAACAAACACCUCCAUAAGGCUAUGAUGGUGGUCUGGAACUUCACCUAUAUCUUGGUUAUCCUUUCUGUCCUGCUCAUGGAGCUGUUUGCCUCCCACCUGCCCUCCCCAGCCCAGAAGAGGAGCUCUCAGAUGAAGAUUGAUUGGGAGCUGGAGGCUCAGGGGAAAGAGGAGGCUCAGGUUGUGCGCAAAGACACCAGAGGCAAGACGGUCAUAUAGAUCUCCACAGAGACAGAGGCACUGUGGGCUUCUACCUGUUGAGCAUCACUCUGCAUAUUCUGGUCGAAACCUGGUGUGUGUAU